AUGCCGACGCUGCUGCACGGGAAGAACAUCUUGCAGCUGAUGGCCAUUGGGUCCAUCGAGCCUAUCGCCAGAGACUCGAACUCGGUGGACUGGUCCGACAGUCUCGGGGCGGUGGACGAGAUCGACGAUAUGCCCAUCAUGGACCCGCACUAUGACCUCACGACAGCCAAGAUGACCAAGUUGUUCUCACUGUUCAACCCUGGAGACAAUGGGAUGGUGUCAUACGAGGGAUUUCGCUGCGGUUUGGAGGCGAUGGGGAUUGCGUGCGACGACGACGAGCAGUUCCACGCGUUCAUCGACAAGGUGGACGACGACAAGAGCGGAGGCAUCACGUACCAGGAGUUUCUCUUCGCUAUCCAGGAAAUCAAACUGGCGCAGCUCUUCAACAAAGAUUUCCUGCGCAACAUGCCACCCGAGUACACCCACGUGAAGCGCGGGAAGCCCGGUCGAGCCAAGCUUGGAUCCAUCGAGUACUCACCGGAUCGCAUUCGCAGCGUGUACCCGAUCGACCAAGUGCAGAAGUUCAUCUACUCGACCAUGCCAGGCUGGGCGUCUGUGCGCUGGAUUAACGUCGAGGGGAUUGAUCCUCUGCUGAUUCGACGACUGUCGGUGCGGUACCGACUUCACCCGCUCGCUGUUGAGGACACGCUAGAUGCGGACGUGGAGCGGCCCAAGUACGAGGAGUACGACGAGCACUCGUCGCUGAUUCUGCAGACUGUUCACGCGCGGGACGUGGCCGUGGUGAAGAAGUACCAGAGCAUGUAUCGCGCCUCGCUCUACGUGCAGGACGACGAUGUGUCGCCCUUCGAGAGUAUGACGAAGAAGGAGCUAGAGGAGCGGCUGGACCAGCUCAACAUUGGCUGCGUCAUGACCGCACCGCAGCAGCUCAGUAUGUACAUCAUGGAGGACGUACUGAUCAGCGUCCAGGAACAGUCGACCACCCUCUGGUCGACGCUAAAACAGCGACUGGACACGUCGUACUCCAAGGUCCGUCAGCACGACACGGCGUUCCUGGUUUACACCAUCGUGGACGUUUGUGUGGACGAGUUGACGCCCAUCACGCACACGUUUGGCUCGAAGUUGAUCAUGCUCGAGCGGCUGCUGAGUCUGGACCCGCGCUACUUCGACGUGAGCCGGCUCGCGAGCUGCUCCAAGCAGAUCAAGGGGCUGCAGGUCCUGUGCAAACCCAUGAGCGAGGUCGUCAUCCAGCUCUCGGAGUCGGAUGAGUUCGAGGGCGAGACGCUGCGGUACUUCCGCGACGUGCUGGACCACAUCACUACCAUCGAGGAGGACUGCGAGCGGCACCUGGAUCGUUGUCGCAGCCUCAUCGAUGACUUCCACAACGCAAGGGCUGCGCAGCAGAACGACGUGAGCUACAUCCUAGCGCUGGUGGCGGCGAUUUUCCUGCCGGCGCAGUUUCUGACCGGUCUGUACGGCAUGAAUUUCACGAAUAUGCCGGAACUUGAGUACCACAACGGGUACUACAUCUGGUGGGGGGUCGUUCUCUUCAUCGCACUGGCGACGAUCGCGUUUUUCAAGUACUACAAGAAGUGGCUGUAA